UGCAGCACAUUAUUUUGUAUCGUUAUUUUUUUCCGUUCCAAAAUGUUUUUCACUCUUAUUUAAUGUAUCUAAGUUCGUGUUAAUAUAAAUGAGGCACAACUGUGCCGUGGUCGAUCGACGUGAAUGGUGCUAAUGUGAGCGCUAAAAGAGAAGAUUGUCCUCUCGUGUCAUUUGUUGCGUCUUUGGCUGUGGAGUUGUUCCCUGUCGAGCAAGGCUAACUGGCACUUCGAUUAAUUCCAUGUCGCUACGUUCAUAGGAUAAACGGCAGCGGAUUAACCGUUGAAUAUAACACCGGGCGAGUUACCACAGCGAUAUCUACAUUGCAUCUGACGGGGGAGAGUAUCGACCAGUGCGGCUUUCAAAGCUAACGCUAAACUUAGCUUACGUCCACUAAGUCACUGACAUGACAGACGUUACUUUUUUGCGAAAUAAGCACCGUGGCGGGCUAUGAGAGCGGGUAAUGGGGGACAGUCGAUGUCAAGACGUGGACUACCUCAUCCAAGACGAGGACACGCUGAUCGAGGGCGUGAGCAACCAGGUCUUGUUUGUCGUUGUGCUCAGUGUCGCCUUCCUGGCAGGCAUCCUGACCCUGCUCUGUAGACAAGAACAGCAGAACAUUCAUCCUGAGAAUCAGGAGCACGUCCGAGCAGUCCGACAGCAGCUACAGUCAGAGCAGGAUGAAAACCCUCAGCCCGAGGUACGGCAGCAGUUUUACACCGACAUGUCGUGUCCUGUGUGUUUGCAACAGGCUGUCCUCCCAGUCGAAACCAACUGUGGGCAUCUUUUUUGUGGUUCCUGCAUUAUAGCCUACUGGAGAUACGGCACAUGGUUGGGUGCCAUCAGCUGUCCCAUUUGCAGACAGAUAGUGACAUUGCUCUUCCCGCUUUUUCAUGAGCAUGCAACUCCUCAGAGGGUCCAGGAUGGCGAAGCGGAGCCUCUGCUAAUAUUACGAGACAUCAACGAUUAUAACCGCAGGUUUUCUGGGCAACCAAGAUCUUUACUGGACCGGCUGCGAGACGUGCCCACCCUCCUCCGUCAUGCCUUUCGCGAGAUGUUUUCCGUCGGCGGCCUCUUCUGGAUGUUUCGCAUCCGGAUUCUUCUCUGCCUAAUCGGGGCGAUCACAUAUCUGGCGUCACCUCUCGACAUCCUCCCUGAAGCACUUUUUGGACUGCUUGGGUUUAUGGACGAUUUCUUUGUGAUCCUCUUGCUCUUCGUGUACAUCUCCAUAAUGUACAGAGAGGUGGUCACGCAGAGACUGAACGCUUAGGGGGCCGACUCUUCCACGUGCCAUGUUCAUGUUUACGUCACAGAGGGAACCGUGAACUCAACUGAAGCGGGUGCAGAGUCUGUAAUUAAUGUUGCUGCUCUUAAUCAGCUAUUCUUUAGUGCAGUUUAAAAAUACUACAAUCAGUUGCAAAAAAAAUGUUAAGUUAAUGUCUGUGGAAUAAAAGUUG